AUGCCAGGAAGUUUAGUUGAUUUUGAUAAAAUGAAGCUGUUCAUCAUUCUUGCACUUGCUGCUGCUUGCGUUCUCGCAAAACCAGCCAAUGAAGUUUCUGAAAUUGAGCCAUCAUUUGAUGCAUACCGUGAUGUUCGUCUAUUGUUGAGCACGAGAAGAAAUCGUGGAGCUCCUUACCAAAUUUCUUUCCGUAAUUUAGACAACAUCCGUAACAGUCCAUUUGAUGCAACAAAGCCAACAAGAGUUUUGGUUCACGGAUGGUGGGAAGAUGAUACAAGUGACAUUUCAGUUGGAACUUCUGAGGAAUUGUUGAACUAUUAUGACUUUAAUGUCAUCUUCGUUGACUGGUCCGAAGGUGGUCAGACAAUAAACUACGCUGCAGCCGCAGGACGUGUGGAAGCUGUAGGAUUCUUUGUUGCAUCGCAAUUGAACUGGAUGAGAGAAAACAAUCUUAUCAACUUUGAUCGCGUACACGUCAUUGGAUUUUCACUUGGUGCACACAUUGCUGGAUUCGUUGGCAAGAACACCCAAGGUCAAUUAGACACAAUCAUUGGAUUAGAUCCAGCAGGUCCUUUGUUCAAUGAAAGAAAUCCAGGUGGAAGAAUCGAUGCUGCUGAUGCAAGAUACGUCGAGUGCUUACAUACAAAUGGUGGACUUAUUGGUGCAGGAUUUGGCUCAGCAAUUUGUCAAGCUGAUUUCUUCCCUAAUGGUGGUGCAUCUCAACCAGGAUGUUUGACCAACACAUGCUCACAUCUUCGUGCUGUUUCUUUCUAUAUUGAAGCAAUCAUCGACAACGCAUUCCAUUCAGUGAGAUGUGAUUCAGAAUUACAAGCUAGUCGUGAAAAUUGUAACUCUGGUGGUGGACAAUGGUUUGCUGAUACAAACAAUGCAGCUAGAAGACUUAAUGGCAUCUUCCAUUUCGCUACCAAUAGAAAUCCACCAUUCGCACAAGGUCCUGUCAGGCCAUAA